AUGGCUCUGCGAGUGGCGCGGCGCGUGCGGGACGCAGUCUGCAGCCUGCGUGCCAUCUCUGCGCCCAAUGAGCCCUGCCCGUCGCGGCCCUGGGGACUGCGGGCGCGCACCAUCAGGGGACUGUGGGUGGGCGCCAUCAGAGCACAGCACACCGGACUGGCUCUGCUGUCGGGUCAUAAAUUCACAGACAAACAUGAAUGGGUAACAACAAAAAACGGUGUUGGAACAGUGGGAAUCAGCAAUUUUGCACAGGAAGCUUUGGGAGAUGUUGUUUACUGUAGUCUGCCUGAAGUUGGGACAAAAUUGAACAAACAAGAGGAAUUUGGUGCUUUGGAAAGUGUGAAAGCUGCUAGUGAACUCUAUUCUCCUCUAUCAGGAGAAGUAACUGAAAUUAAUGGAGCUCUAGAAGAAAAUCCAGGACUUGUCAACAAAUCUUGUUAUGAAGAUGGCUGGCUGAUCAAGAUGACACUCAGUAACCCUUCAGACCUAGAUGAACUAAUGAGUGAAGAAGCAUAUGAGAAAUACAUAAAAUCUAUUGAGGAGUGAAAAUGGAACCCCUAAAUAAACUAGUUUAAAACAACUUAAA